AUGGUCCGAGGAUCAAAUCUAUGGUGGAUAGCGGCUCCACCCAAUCAAGAGGGUGGUAGUGAGGAAUACGACUGUGAUGAACAUAUUCCUCAGGAAGCCAAGGACUUUCUUGUGAAGGCCAUAAAUGAUAGACGUCCUAAGAAAAGCAAGGUGCCCGAAGUGAAGUACGAUUGUGAAGAAGGAAGUGAUGCCUUCAAUCUUAUUCUGAAAAAAGGAGCACCGGCCACCUAUUUUGAUGCGCCAAGAGUGAAUUUCGAUUUCGAAUGGGAGAAAACGCUGAAGAAAGCAGUCAAAGGCAUAAAAGAGGAAGACGUAAGUGAUACGUAA